UCAACGGGUCGGGUUUUGAAUAUUUGACGGAAAAGGGCAGAUAAAAACAUGAACCCUAAGCAAAAACAAAACCCUAGCUCCAUUCCCUCAGCAGCAAGCAGCUCCAUCCACCAUGGGCAUCGAUUUGAAAGCAGGAGGUAAGUCGAAGAAGACCAAGCGUACAGCCCCCAAAUCCAAUGAUAUCUACCUCAAGCUCCUCGUCAAGCUAUACCGUUUCCUUGUUCGGAGGACUGGUAGUAACUUCAACGCCGUCAUCCUCAAGCGUCUUUUCAUGAGCAAAGUCAACAAGCCACCGCUAUCUCUCUCCCGCUUGAUCCGUUACAUGAAGGGAAAGGAGGGUAAGAUAGCUGUAGUUGUGGGAGCUGUGACAGAUGAUAUUAGGGUGUAUGAAGUGCCUGCAUUGAAGGUAACUGCCCUGAGAUUCACUGAAACUGCCAGAGCUCGGAUUGAGAAGGCUGGUGGCGAGUGUCUUACCUUUGAUCAGCUUGCUCUUAGAGCUCCUCUUGGCCAGAACACAGUUCUUCUUAGAGGCCCUAAGAAUGCCCGCGAGGCUGUCAAGCACUUUGGACCAGCACCUGGUGUGCCCCAUAGUCACACCAAGCCCUACGUUCGUGCAAAGGGACGGAAAUUUGAGCGUGCUAGAGGAAGAAGGAAUAGCAGAGGCUUCAGAGUUUGAGUUCUGGAGCUCAAAGAUGAAGGAUUUUCCGUUUUAUCAUGUGACCGUUCUGUAUUGUUUUCCUUCUUUUUGUGUCGUUAAAACAGUUUAUUUUAGUUCAGUUUUCCUUCCCUCAAAGGGGAAAAGGGAUUGGAACUCGCUCAACAAUUUUGGUUUAUCACUACUGAUCUAAUGAACUCUAUGAAAGGAUAGUAGAUUUUCUUCA